AUGGCAAGAUUUCUUAAUGGUUUAAAUAGAGAAAUAGUUGAUGUAGUAGAAUUGCAACAAUAUGUGAAUUUAGAUGAAUUGGUUGAGUUGGCUAUAAAAGUAGAAAAACAAAAUAAAAGGAAGCAACAAGCUAGUUCAUGGAAGAAUCGAUCUACUACAACUCUAAGGAAGCCAUGGCCAACACAUGAGGAGAAAUCUAUGCCUAUAUCACAAAAUGAAGUGGGAAAAGGUAAAUGGGAGGCCAAAGAUGGAGGUAAGACUUUUAACACAAACGGGUUAUGUCCUGGAUUGGAUUUGGUUGGAAAGGAAAUUUUAGGCGGGGUAGAGUCACUUCCUCGUUCUGUGCUAAUGUGUUCCUUCAACAGGAGAUCUUAUUUGUUCUGUAGCCUGGCUGAUGGCCAUCUCAUGCAUUUUGAAUUGAACAUGGUUACUGGGCAGCUGAAAGGUAGUGAGCUGUUAGGCAAGAAAAAACUUUCUCUUGGGACCCAACCCGUAACACUUUGUGCUUUCUUAUUUAAUGAAGCUACACGCAUUUUUGCGUCCUCCAACACUUCAAUGGCUAUCUACAACAGCAUAUUUUGUUGUGAAGUGAAUAACCUGAAUGAUGUUAGGCUUAUGUCCCCAUACCGUGUUGAAGCUUUUCCAAAUAGAAUCUUCUCCCUUAUUCCGGUGCCGAAUUUAAACUGUGAAGUGACGGGACAAGACAGUGCGCUCCACAUCAGUCAUCAAGAGCAGUCCCACACCAUUGCCAUAUGCACCGUAAAGCGUGAUGACAAAGAUGACAUGGUCUCACUUGUUCAACUAUUUGAUGACCAAACAUGUCAUAGGAAAUGGACUUACAAACUUAAAGAAUUUGAGCAUAGUUGCUCCCUGAUUAGCUGUUCAUUUUCUGAGGACGAUAAUGUGUAUUAUUGUGUUGGGACUGCUUAUUUGAAGCUGGACGCAAAUGAAUGUACCAAGGGCCGAAUAUUAGUUUUACAAGUUGUACAGGGUAGCAAACUCCAUCUAGUUGCAGAAAUGGAAACUGAUGGAGCUGUCUACUGCCUGAAUGCCUUCACUGGUAAACUUCUUGCUGCGAUCAAUCAGAAUAUCAAGUUGUACAAGUGGGCAUCCCUUAAGAGUUGCCGAGGCCGAGAAUUGAAGCCUGGAUGUCUAUAUUGGGGUAGUGUCCUGUCUCGUUUUAUUCAAACGCAUGGUGAUGCGAUGAGGUCUAUAUCUCUCCUACGUUUGAAGGUACUCGUUGUAAUUAUAUAUCUUAAAAAAUAA